AUGGAGACUCUGGCAGUAUUUGGCGGAGCAAGUCCAUGUGUUUCCUCACCCUUCAACGCUCAGCAGCUAAGAGAAUUUGCAGCUUAUCUUACGCCCACCACAAGAAUAACCGUUUUCUCAUAUUUCCCAUCUCGUCCUCAUGCUAAAACCCUCCCCAAACCUCGCAACUUUCUUCCCCACCACUUGGCUACUUCAUUGGAACAAGUUGAUGAGACAUACAAAAUGGUGAAACCUGAUGGAGUUCAGCGUGGCCUUGUGGGAGAGAUAAUCUCAAGGUUUGAGAAGAAGGGGUUUGAUAAUCCAAGAGACAAAAGCAGAGUGUUUAUGGUCGGGUGUGGUGGGGGGAAGAGUUUAGGGUAA